UCUUUAAUCCCAAAAAUGAUCUUUUAAUUGAGAACAACGUUCCCAAUAGCCUUCAUCAUCUGUUUUCUCUUCCAAUUCAGAGUCUUUGACUUCUUUGCCUCGUUCAAUUCAUGCCCAUUUGAUCACAACCUGAGCUCCAAUUUACUUCUCCAUUUCCUUUUUAUGGGUUCUUCUUCUUCUCCUGUUUAAAAUCAAGCUAAGGUGCAACUCAUGUGGUCUUCCCGUUUCUUCUGUGAUUUCCAUUUUCUCCAUGAUGGGAUUGAUGGGAUAGCUUUUGAUGUCUCUAUUAUGAAGUAUUGAUUGUCGGAUAUAGGAAACAAUGUCUGAUUUAUUGCAGGGUCGGACUCUGGUUUUCAGGAUGUUGUCUAUUUCUGAAGUUGACAUGACGUUGUAGUUAAACUUCAGACAGAAAUUUACUCAGUUUUUCUUUUCAAGGGGCCAGAGUUUUUUAUUUUAUUUUUGCUUGAAUUUAUUGAUAUCUUCCAGGUCCUGGACUUUGGAAAAUGGAGUUCUUUAGAUUAUUGUCAGAACACAGAAUGGCUGCUGCUACGUUCCACCAAUCCAUUGGGGCCACUCAGCUCCCUGCCUGUGGCAAGCAUCGUGGCUUUGUUACGAACUAUGGAAGUUGCGUAUUGAGGUUUAUCUCAAAGGGUUUUGCAGUUGACAUUAGAUUGUUAAGAAAAGGAAAUUGUAUCUCUAGGCAGUCUAGGUUGCUUCUACUUCAUGCGUCAUCUUCUCAUGCUUCAGUUGAAGGUUCAGUUUCAUUUAUCUCAGAUGAUGCAAAUGACCAAGAUAAGAGAACAUUGGGUGCGUUUAUCUCUCCCUAAAGUGAUUUUUUCUAUUAGUAUGUAUGGGACUAGUCAUGUAUUACAAGGUCAUUUUUCUUAAAUUCAAUAACUUUUUGAGUUUUGAAUUGUCCAUGUUAUAGAAUGAUCUUGGCCUAGAACUAUUCUGAGUUUACUUGGAUUCUUCGCUUUUCCUGGUUUUCUGAUUGUUUGUUGAGGAAUGAAGAUUGAGCUGUAUC